CCCGCCGUGUCUUUGGAACGGCGAUCAGAAGUCGAUAAUUAUAGAACGGGCUAGAUGCAAUUGACACACCUAGGUACGGCUACCAAGAUUUGAUAACGCCAGAAUAUAAAUAUAAAAUGGAGCUUCGAAUACCAUUUCAUUUUUGAAUUGGAUUGGAAUCACACCAAACAGCUAUGACAAAUGCACGGUUUCCUCUUCAUUAAAUACAUCACAACUCAAUAGUUCAUUUUAAAGUUGUGUGACACUUCCCUGUAAAAAUGUCUUUUCUAGACAAUAUUCAAAUCGUUGGCGCGAAAAUGGACGAGUUUGAGCAGGCGAAGAAAGAGCAUGAUGCACUGCUUCAACGUCAGAGAGAGGAAAAAGAGGAGAAGAUGGCUGCCGCUGCCGAGAAGCGGAAGUUAGCCGCUAAAAAGAUGACUAAUUCUGUUAUCGUAAAAGAGGACAGGAAGGCACGUUGGGAGUCUGCGCGGACGAGUCGAGAUAACACUUCCGUUCGAAAUAGGCAAAUAACGUCACGACAGCCAGCUAUUACGUCACAACAAAACUUUUCAGUUAAUAUGACAAGUAAAAACACAGCAUUUUUAAUGACCAAAGGAUCUGGGAUGUAUAACGCGUCCCAAGGUUCAUCUUCGCGCGCAAAAAAGUCUACUCGCCCCACGAGUUUACAGGGUCUGCCGAGGCGCGACGACGGCAACGAUUCGUCAGAAGAGAAGAAGCGUUUUGGAAAACCAUCGACAGGCAAGGAAAACAAUCUUUCAUCGCCAGACGACGAGGAAAAGUUAAACGGAUCAAGCGACGAAACGGGCGCCAGACAGAAGAAGAAGACUGAUUAUAAAACAUUUCUUGUAUCUACAGGUAAGGCAGUUUUCCCACAAAAACAGGAAGAGGAACAGACCGGAAGUGACGUAAACACUGUUCCGGUUACAAAAUUGAAUUAUAAAAACGGAAAAAACGAGAAUGCAGUAACAACUGGUGUUGUGAUUGUUCCCGAUGGUAAACAGGAUGAAGAGAUCGGAGGCGGAGAAGGCGGGAAUUCAGCAGAGAACGACGAUAAUAAAAAUGGCGCCACCGCCGGAAGUGACGUCCAUGGAGAAGGUGCUAACACGAAUAGUGGCAACAAUGAUGACAAAAACAGUAGAACUGAUACAGGGGAGAGCACUCCUGAUGACAAGACUAACUCGGAGGGACAUAAAUCAUCGGAAGACCCGAAACAAGAUGGCGACAAAUCCACUGAAGAAGGAAUGUUAGCGAAAGAAUCUGGCACCCUCAUGCCAGGUAAUAUCGAAGGCGAUCGGCCACUUAGUCAUCCCGAAGAGGUCACCAAAUAUUUGCGCAGUGUUUACAAAUUGGUUGACACCCCAAAAGAGCUACACACGUUCGCCGUUUGUGAUGAAUUCAUUGAUACAGUUUCUUGUGUUUCUGGAGAAAACGCUUGGAUGUUUUGUGACGGAAAUAAACUAAUCCUUGUUAACAAAGAUGGCGACAAACAAAGGUCAAUUCAACUUAGAGGCAAGAUCGGGGACUUCUGUACGCUUGCUUCCGGGGAGGUUCUGUUAACCCACAUGGACGACUGUUGUGUUUAUAGUAUCGAGGCCAACGGGGUCAUGACCUUGCAAUUCAAAACAGAACCUUUGCAUCCUGUUGCUAUUCAACCCACUAAUGAUAAUAACCUGUUGGUCACUCUGGCGGAUGUUUGGGACUAUAAAGUUGAACCCCACAGCCAAAGAAUACUUCGCAUGUACAGUCGAGAUGGCACGGUUUUGAAAACGCUUGAAUUUGGGCCUGACGACAAACGUUUGUUCUGUAAACCAGGACGCGUCCGAAUUUGUAAGAAUAAUUCCAAUGUGGCUGUCUGCAAUUUUGUCAACGACAAGCCCGGAGACGACCAUGUGAUAUUUUUAGAUAAAAAUUUGAAUGUUUUAUAUCGAUCUAACGAGCGGUACUCUGUACCAAUUGAACUGAAACCUCAAAGUCACGUGAUAUUUGACGACAUGAUUUUCGACUCGGGAGAUAAUAUAGUUACCGUAGAAACAGUGUCCAACAGCGUCCAGCUAUUGGACAAAAACUGUCGACAUAUAAAAACUCUGUAUAAAGAUCAGACUGGUAAUGAACAACCGAUGUCCGUUGCCUUGGAUACUGAGGGCAAUCUCUGGAUUGGCUUUCAACGAGGUCAUGUGACGGUUUUAAAAUAUAGGACGCAAGUUUUGAAAGUUCAGGAGGGAAAAAAGUAAAUUCUUGUCAUAAUUCUCCAGUUUGAAAUGGAAAACGUUCAAUUUUCUGUUGCCUGUCGUAUGAAAAUAUGGAUACUGCCAGUCGACACGUUGGAAGUAAUAGUAAAAUAAGAAUAAAUAAUAAAAAAAAAGAAAAAAAAAGAAA